UCUUAAAAGAGGUACUUGUUUUCAAGAAUUACUAUGGACCACAUGAAAAAAGUUGGUAACAGCUCUUGCAAUGAUGGAGUUCUACUUAGAAUGGGCCUCAAUGAUAACAAAGCUGGAAUGCAAGGUUUGGAUAAAGAGAAAAUCAAUAAAAUCAUCAUGGAAGCUACCAAGGGUUCUAGGUUUUAUGAAAAUGAACUUAAAAAAGAUCAACAAGUUAACCAACGAAUUGAAAAAAUGAUGCAGCUAAAAGAGAAAAUUACAACACAACAGCUCUUGAAAGCACAGCUGCAGGUGGACAAACUUGUGAUAGAACUGGAACAGAGCCGUAACCUUAGCAGUACGAUUGUACACAUUGACAUGGAUGCCUUCUAUGCAGCUGUGGAAAUGAGAGACAAUCCAGAGCUGAAGGAAAAGCCUAUAGCAGUGGGAUCAAUGAGUAUGUUGUCCACCUCAAAUUACCACGCUAGGAGAUUUGGUGUACGUGCAGCCAUGCCUGGAUUUAUUGCUAAAAAGCUAUGUCCACAUCUAACUAUAGUACCAUUAAACUUUGAAAAGUACGGCAAAGUGAGUAAAGAGGUUAGAGAAAUACUGACUGAAUAUGAUCCCAAUUUUAUGCCUAUGGGCCUAGAUGAAGCCUACCUGAACAUAACAGAGCACUUGGAGGAAAGACUGAACUGGCCUGAAGAUAAGAGAAGAUUCUUUUUUAACACAGAAAGCACUACAGAAAAAGAUAAAGAUGAUAUAAAUAUGUCUGCCAAAUGUAAUGAAGGUGGAUACUCUUCUUCACCGGUACUGUUUGAAGACAACACACCUCUGAUGGAUGACCACCCUGAACAAAGAGAUCAAUCAGUGGAAAAUUCGGUUAUCUUUGGAACUUCUGCAGAGGAAGUUGUGAAGGAAAUUCGCUUUAGGAUUGAGCAGAAAACUCAACUGACUGCUAGUGCAGGAAUAGCGCCGAAUACAAUGUUAGCAAAAAUGUGCAGUGAUCGUAAUAAACCUAAUGGGCAAUGCAGAAUUGCUCCUGAGAGACAAGCAGUGCUAGACUUCCUAAAAGAUUUGCCCAUUAGAAAGGUGCCAGGUAUAGGAAAAGUAACAGAGAAGAUGUUAAAAGCCCUUGGAAUUGUGACUUGCUCAGAACUUUACCAGCAGAGGGCACUGCUUUCUCUUCUUUUUUCAGAAUCAUCUUGGCGUAAUUUCUUGGAUAUUUCCCUUGGUUUGGGUUCAACACAUUUGGAAAAGGAUGGAGAAAGAAAAAGUAUGAGCACUGAAAGAACAUUCAGUGAAAUAAACACAGCAGAAGACCAGUACAACUUGUGUCAAGAACUCUGCAGAGACCUUGCUCAAGAGCUACAGAAAGAGAGACUUAAGGGUAAAACUGUUACCUUGAAGCUAAAGAAUGUGAACUUCGAAGUGAAAACAAGAGCUUCAACUGUGCUGUCUUCUGUUUCUACUGAGGAGGAAAUAUUUGCUGUUGCUAAAGACUUGUUAGGAAUGGAAAUUGAUAGUGUUGCUCCUCACCCUUUACGGAUAAGACUUAUGGGUGUACGAGUAUCAGGAUUUCUAAGUGAAGAAGAGAAGAAGUACCAGCAAAAAAGCAUUACGAGUUUCUUAAAAUCAGGAAAAGAAAUCGGUUUUCUUAAGCUUCAGCCAGGGAAGUCCAACCAAAAAUAUUUCACAAAAAAUUCAGAAGCAUCUCCCAGAGGGAGUUUUUUUGAUAAAAAGCGAGCUGCAAGGCAACUAAACAGUGAGAACCUUCCUCCAAAUGAAACUGUAGGUAAGCAGCUCUUUCAUGAUAAGAAAUCAUCAGCAAAUUUUGUGGAGGAAACAAAGAAAAUCACAGACAUACAGAAUUCUGAUGUGGGUAAGAUCUUCACCUGCCCUGUUUGCUCUGAGGAGCAAAGCAGCAAUAAUUUGGAAGAGCUUAAUAGGCAUAUUAAUGAGUGCCUCAAUGGGACUCUUGUUAAAGAUAGCGUGGAAAUAUCCAAGAAUGACAAUUCAAGAGAAAAUACACUUAACUUUCUUCCACAAUUUAAAAAUGAAAAUGUUGAUGAAUGUCAAAAAAAUAAAACAGAUCAAUUAGCAGGAACAGACCACUCUGCAAGUACCUCUGACAACUCUGCUAGCAAUAGCACAGAAAAAUUCACUCAGAUAAUAUCUGAUAAACCUCAUGGAGAAGGACAGCGUAGCAAUCUCAGUGAUAUUGCUAGAAACAUGUGUAUGAAACAGUGUCUCUUCCCCAAAAGAAUUUCACAAGACAAUGAAGAACAUUUUGAAAAAACUAAACAUACAGAAGAAACUAGUUCAUCCUGUUUCUUUGAAGCCAAAGAAGACAGUGUUCUUGUUUGUCCAGUUUGUAAUUCAGAACAGAAAACCACCAGUCUUGUGUCAUUUAACAGACAUGUGGAUGUCUGCUUAAAUAAAGGCCUUAUUCAGGAGCUGACAGAAAAAAAAGAUUUUCCUACUAAGACUUACAGUAUGGAAGACUCAAACAGGGUUGGAGGUUUAAGCAGAGGACAGCAAUGCACAAAUCCAUCACAAGGAACAAAAAGGUCUGGACUAACAGCUUCACAGUCAGUAUCAAAAAAGGCCAAGUCAAGCAAUUCCAAGCAUACAAUUGAAAUGUUUUUUAAAUGACUGUGUAGCAACAUGUUCUAUAUGAAGUAUUUCAUAGUGUUUUAUGACUGCAAAUUAAUUUAGCAUUGGUGGUAGGCUGGAUUCAGGUGCCUGUCACUUUGGAGCCAUUGCAUACCUGUGUAAAAAGAACAUGAUGUUUGAGGUGGAAGAAGAGGUACAA